GAGGUUCGAGCCGAUCAGUGUUUUUGCGGAGCUUGACGCAAGUGGCCGCGAACUUGAUCAACUGUCGCAGAGUUUGUUUGAGUAGGAAGAAAUGGGCAAUUGGAAGUGGAUGAUCUUUAUGACGGCGAUUUCUGCAAGUGCCGCAACGGAAGUGUUCAAGAAUGCCCAAUUUCAGUGCGGUAUCCCGAAGCACGCCAACACCCUGUUGAUUGUGAAUGGUGUCGAUGCCAAAAUCAGUGACUGGCCCUGGCAUGCGGCCAUCCGACAGUAUUCCGGUGGACAGCCCGAAUACGUCUGUGGGGGUACAUUGAUCAGUGAACGGUUUGUUUUGACGGCCGCCCACUGCACCUAUGGUGAGAAUCCCAACAAACCGCCUAAAAUGUCGGUGCUACUUGGGGUCAAUGCCGUGGGUUCUCCCGAUGGGCAGGUUUACAACGUGGAGAAGAUCCAUCGAAACCCGGGCUUCACGUUGGAGCAGCUGAAGGACGACAUCGCCUUGCUAGAGCUGGAGAAUCCGGUGAGGUUCAGCGAUUUCGUUCUGCCAAUAUGUUUGAGCAAGCGGAUGGAAAUUAAUCCGGGUAAGGUGGGUGCCGUAGUUGGUUGGGGUUAUACUGAGAACGAUAUCCCCUCCACGAAGUUGAAGCUGGCCAAACUUCCCGUUGUUGGAGAGUUGGAUUGCAAGAAAAAGGAGGUCGAACUGUACUCCAAGGUUCUAACUAAUAGGGUGUUUUGUGCUGGCUACGGAAACGGUACCUCGCCAUGUAACGGAGAUAGUGGUGGUGGCAUUGCUUUCGAGAAGGGUGAUGCCUGGUAUUUGGGUGGAAUUGUUUCCUUUACAAAGCCAAGGGACGGAUCCAGUUUGUGCUCGACUACAACCUACACGGUGUUCACCAAGGUCAACAGCUACCUGGACUGGAUCUCGCAGAUCACCAAUACCGAUUUUAGCAACGAAUACGGCAUUGAAAAAAUCGUUCCCUGCUCAACCCCCAAUCAACCAGCGGGUGAAUGUGUUCCGGUGCAGCAGUGCCGCAAUAUUUUCGAUUCGCUUCGGUCGCCGCUACUGUCCAAAGAUGCAGCCGAACAGCUACGUAGAUCGGUUUGUCAACUUCGCGGCAUUCGUCGAAGCGUUUGCUGUGAACCGAACCAGGUCGAGCGGAUUCCGAUCCAUCGGAAUGCCAUCCAAUUGCCGGUUCAGUGCGGUGUAGCAGCCAAAACUACUCCUACGAUUACGGGUGUUAAAGCCGGCAUCUACGAGUUUCCGUGGAUCGCUCAGAUCCGCGCCAGUCGAGCUGCUCCGAACAAGGACCCUUACUGCACGGGGUCACUUAUCAACGCUCGAUACGUGCUAACGUCCGGAAACUGCUUGAAGGCCAAGGAACACAAAGAUUUAGACUACGUUCGACUAGGAGAGCGAUCGCACAAUGUUCCCAGGGAUUGCGAUACGGUAAACGAUCCCAGAACAGGCGUCCCAAUCCAGGAAUGUGCUGCCGCACCCUUGGAUGUUCGCGCUGUUCUUCCGUUCACAAUUCACCCGCAGGUCAACAAACCCUUCCGAGCCAACGACUUCGGGUUGGUCCGAAUGGAGCAGAAGGUUCAAUUUACCGACUUCAUUCGGCCGCUCUGCCUUCCUAUCCGGGCCGCUGUUCGGAGCAAUCUACCGAAUGAGUUCAUUCUGUCACACUACGAGGUCCGUAACGAGGGCAACAAUGUCUGGUCCCAGGAGCUGUACAAAACCCGGGCCGAAUUCACUGAAGUCGAGGAGUGCGAAGAGCGCUACGAAGAUUACAGCUACACACCGUGGGUGAAGGAUGAAAACUUCUGUGCCCUAUCGAAGGGACCCCAAUUCCUGUGUAGCCCCCAUUCGGGAGCGCCACUGGUAGCCCUGGUCAGGGAAGGGGAUGAAACGCGGGCCAUCCACUACGGCAUGUCCAUGAAUGGAGUCAGCAACUGUACGAUAGGGCGCACCAUUCCCAAGGUUUACAUCAGGACCACACUUUUCGUUGACUGGAUUUUGGAGAAUAUUGCACCAUAAGUUAGAAUAAUAGUCCUUCGAGAUAAGAAAAAAAAAGAGUUCAAUAAAGUUUUCCAACAAAAAUG